AAAGAUGUCGCCGAUUAAAUUGUAUUCUUUUUCCCCUGACAAAAAAUGCACUGGAAAUGGGCUGAGAUGGGAACCCUCUCCAAUCUGUUCUAUUCUAGGACUACGACUACGUGGUACGUAGCGAUUAGGCCAAGUACGUUGCGUAUUGACCCUUGCAGUUCCAAUCGCCAUCCAUUACCCACCACCGGCAACCAUCCUCCUCAUGGCCGCUGUUGUCAUCAAUCCAGGCCCCGACUCUUCAACUUUCCGACACAACCAAGCAAGCCUGCAAGAUACUUGGAAUAAAUACAGCAUCCCUCAACUGUAACUUGCGCCUCGCAAAACGCGACAGUUGACUCCUAAACUUUUCAGCCCUUGGCAAUUCUGGGUGCCUCAACAUGUGAAGCUGGAGUUUCGGCCGCAUUCAUUCUUGUCGUCCCCCCCAGACUCCAGAAACAAUACACGGAACCCGGGUGUCGCCUGGCUUCCACGAUGACGUCUCGACCGACCCCGACCCCGAUCAGCGUGCCAAAGUCGUCUUUGCUGUCCGAUCUUCCUCCCGUUUCGGCCCUAUUCCUCAUUGAGUUUGACGUCAAAGCCGGUUACACUAUCACUUGGAAGAAAGCCGCGCCCGGGAUAAAUCUCGAUGGCACCGUCGAGUACAAAAGCUUACCCUCGGGGCUUCACACUGUGUCCCAAGACCUGAUCUAUUUCAUUCAUGAGGGGGAAUAUGCCGGCCUCAGUGCGUUCGUCAACGCAAAAACCGAAGAGGAGGCUACCCGCAAUGCGCGCAUGAUUGCAGUUGGAGUGUUGGUACCUUUGAGUUAUGGACGCCUCGGUAGAUCAUGGAGACAUGCCGAGGGUCUCAGAGACAUGGCCAUAAAGCUUGCCGUUGAGACCAAGGACUUGAGCAUAUUGGAGACCUAUUGGGAAAAGAACAAAGCGCACAAUCUAAUAUCUCCCGGUGCUGAGCCCCCGAAAGAGUCUCCACCAAGCUCGCCAUCUGUCACUUUCCAGCCGAGCGCGCCGCAGAGCCAAUUUAGGAAACGGACCGGCUCAGAUGCACAGGCCUUUGUACCACCAGGUCACCAACUAUCUCCUUUUCAUCCGGCCUGGAGCCUUAGUGAUUUACUAGACACAUUUGGCCCGUUGAUAUUCCCUAUUCAUCGAGCAGCUUUACUGCGGAAGCGCAUUCUUAUAUCGACACACGCACCCGUGCACCAGGCGUGUGACUUUGUGUAUGACAUAUCGAUAUUGUCCAACAUUCCUCUUUCUCUGUUUGAUCUCCUAGAGCCCACAGCCCCGGCUCAGCGUCUAAGACCUCUUUUUAAUAUUGGUGUAAAUGACAUCGCUUUCUUGUCCGAAGAUGCCGCUGCCACAAUUUCCAAGAAGCGUUGCGCCUCAUCAGCCUCGGCCAGUAACUCAGAACAGCUCUCACUUCCAGAGCAGGCCGCUGGUAGCGGAUGGGUUGCUUGUACAACCGAUAGUAUCCUAGCGAUGAAACCAGAUUUGUGGGACAUGCUCAUCACCAUGCCAGCACCGCAUGCUGCGGGCGCCAAGGAACGGGUGUGGCCAACAAUAGAGCUACCAGGCCAUGUCCCCGUUCGUGCAACCCAGCGCGACCUAAGGCGGUUCCGGAAUUUGCGAGUAGGCAUCACACGCCUGGCCCGCCCAAUGAGCGCUCGAUCUGAACGCCCCGGCACAUCUUCAGGUUGGUCUGCCGCCACUGCUGUUGCCAAAGCAGACCAUGACUCUCUGCACGCCGACGCGGUCGACAAGGUUGUUGAGCCUACGACCUGGGCGGCGCUGGCUUACAGUGGCUUUAUGUGGUGGGCGAGUGCCGGAGAGCAGAGACGGUCCGGAGAGGCCGAGGAGGUGGCUCAGGAUUCCUCGUUGCUAGCUGACCUUGCCUCUGCUCCAUCGCCUAGGCGCCGUGGAAGCAGCGUGAGCGGCGGUGUCUCAGGUCAUCUAGUCAAGAACGGCGCAGUCAUGGCGGACUCAGUCAUGUCUCUCCCAGCAACGGGGCCAAGGAAUGCUGGAGACAGGGUCACAAGCGGGGCCAGCGAUAUGGCCGCGAUAGAGGCCUCGUCACAACAGAGUGAACAAGGGGUUACGGUCGAUCAUACUGAGGAAGAGCGAGCUCGGGUGGAGCUAGCCAUCAUCGCCUACUUCCGAAGGCUCACGACACAAAUGCUUACAGUUUUGGGGGAUCUGGUGGACAGCAUAGAAGACGGUGACGAUGAAGAGAUGGAUGAAACCGAGACCACGGAGGACUCGCCUCUGAAUCAACCAGAUGACGGGGAUGUUUCCUUCAUCGGCUCUUUGCAUAUCGACAGCGACGCUCUUGCCCGCAUGGGGUUGGAUGUAUGGAGUGACGCCGACGUUGGGUUUGUCAAGGAAGCCACAGCAUGCUAUUUUGCGCGGAGAGCGAGGGUCGAGUCCAAAGCCGUCGAAGUCUGCGGGCUACGCGUUUGCUGAAGUCGCCAGAGUAUAGGGACUGCACAGCUAAUUGAGUUGGAUGCUGCUGGGGAAACCAAACCGCAGCGGCUCAAGGUACAUGCUGUACAACAACCCGUCAGAUCGUGAAAGCAUGCAUUAAAUCAAGACAAGCGAUGAGGGGGCUAUAUUAUUCUUUUGUACAAGAUAAUUUGGUCCAUACUAUAUAGAUAUGCCAUCUGCUUGAGAGAUGAUCUCCCUUGCGUGUGGCACAAGCCCACCCAGCGCGUUCAUAUUAUUGGGCUAUUAAGGGGACCGGAGAUUAAAUAGACGGGCUUCGCUCAAGGUGUAAUAAUGGAAUAGAGGGUG